UUCUACUAUGCAUCAUUGUGAAUUCAAGCAUAGUCAAAUAUAAUCUAUUAAAUCAUAAUGUUGUGUAAAGUAGCUGUGAUAUCUGGUCUUUUGGCCAUAGUGCUUAGUGCUUCUGUUCCAAACCACACCGAAAUACCAAUUGUGUCCCAAGAAUCAGAUGUCCAACCAGACGGUUCCUACAAAUGGAGUUACGAAUCUGCAGAUGGUACCAAGCAAGAACAAACUGCAACGUUAAAGCAAACUGCAAAUGGUACCGUGGAAGCUAUCCAAGGGUCUGUUACAUGGGUCGAUCCUCAAGGUGGACAACAUCAUCUGUCUUACACAGCUGAUGAAAGUGGAUUCCAAGCUCAAGGUGAUGAUAUUCCAGUACCUCCCGAAGUGCCCGUUGCUAUUGCUAGAGCUUUACAGAAUAUUACAAGUUCUCCCCAAACAACCACAAUAACUUAUUAAAGGAUUUUUUAACUCCGAGCCUGACCAGGAAGAGUAAAUUAUUUAAAAUCAGCAUUUUUCUAUAUGUAUAUUUGGCUGUGUUAUUAGGAAUUCAAAAUUAAUAAAAACAGUAAAUUUUA